AUGAACAAAGCCGCUUUGAUUCUCAUCUUGCUACAAUACUAUGUUCAUUCGCAGACUACAACUGAGGUCAGCACCCUAUCUACUUCAAACAAAUCUUGUACUUGCUUGCAAGUUUAGAGUGAAAAAGAUUGUCACUCUCUUAAUUGCUCUUGGGAUGGAACCAAAUGUUCAGACGUCCCAGUAGUUUAAUCUAUCAAAACAUAUUGCGAACUCAUUUCAAUUGAUCUAUGCAAAAGCACUGAAGGUUGUGCCAAUAUCUUAGACAAAUGUGUCUCAUUUCCUGGAUGUUCUCUCUUCUUCUUCACCUCAAAUGAUAUAUGCUAAAACAUAUCUACGAGAUGCAUAACAGACGGAGAGAAAUGUAUAGAUUUAGACGACUGCACAAAUUAUUCAAACCAGAUGAGCUGUCUAAAAGAUUAAAACGGGAUGUAUUGCACCUGGAACUCCCAAACCUCCACCUGUCAAUACCCUACAACCUGCGAUUUAUUGCCUCUCUUUCUCAACACAGAUUUGUUAUGCAGGCAACAAUUGAAAACAUGCACAGUCAAGGAAGGAGGAGGUUGUGAAACCAGCCAAGAUAAUUGUGAAAAUCAAAAAAUUCAAUAAGCCUGCGUAACAAAUCUUGAUUAAACCAAAUCAUGCAUCUGGGAUUAGAGCAAAUGCAAAGAAAAAACCUGUGCCAAUGCUCCCAACACCAAUAGUACUCACUUGUAAUGCAACGCAUACCUUCCUACCUGUACUGUAAAUGACCUCCUCAACGGAUGUUAAGAUAUACCACAAUUAUGCACUUUAUUAAAGACAAAUAACAAUUGUGUUGUCAACAAAAACGGUGACAUUUGCUACUGGAACAAAAAUAGUUAAAAGUGCGAAGACAAAAAUUGCGACAACGCUCCUGAUCAAUUCACUACUAAUGAGUAAUGUUUAUCAUGGCUAACCUCCUGUACUGUCAAGUCAGCUGGUCUCGGCUGUCAAACCAAAGCCUCUGAUUGCGUAUAAUACACAACUUAGAUUCAAUGCACUCAAACAGAAACAGGUGAUCCUUGCUUUUGGAAUUAAAAUAAAUGUUUGGCUAAAAUUUGUGACAAAGCUCCUGAUACCUAUAUCAAUCAUGAUUAAUGCUCCCAAUUUCUUUCCACUUGCACUGUCCAAAAGGAUCUCACUGGGUGUGAAUCCAAAAAGGACUUUUGUUCCAAUUAUGAAAAAGAAGAGUAAUGUGUAUCUCUUACGGAUGGCUCAUUUUGUGCAUUCCAAGAUAAUGUCUGCAUUCCUCGUAUUUGCAGCAAUGCUUCAAAGGAACUGACAACUGAUCAAGCAUGUAAAAGAUUCUCUCCUGAUUGCAUGAUCAAAGCAAAUCAAUAAGGGUGUAUCUUACAAGAAUGUUCAAAUAUCACAACCAAGGAGUAUUGUGUAUAAGAUUAUAAAACUAAUCAAUGUUAUUAUGGAACCUAAUGCCAGAUGAAAACAUGUGAAAAUGCUCCAAGUACACUGAAAUCAGAUGAAGAAUGCAGAGCCUACUUAUCGUCUUGCACUGUGGAUGAUGACUUUUUGGGUUGUAAAGUUCGACCCUUAAAUUGCACAGAUUUAAAUGAAUUGUAAUGUAAGGCAUUGACAAACGGUACAAAAUGCAGUUGGAAUGAUGACGAUCCAAAUAAUAAAUUCUGUCGAUUGUUGAAUUGUGCAGAUAUCCCUCCUGACACUUAAACUGAUGAAUCAUGUUAACAAUUUGAUAAGAGUUGCACUGUUGCUGAAAACCCAAGUCUUUGUAUGCAAAAACCAGCCAUUUGUGGGAAUAUGAUUACUAAGGAUCAUUGUCUUUCAGUUGUAUUAGCUGGUGAAUCAAAGUGUAGUUGGAAUGAUGAAACUUAGGUCUGUAGAUCAAGAGUAUGUUCAGAUGCUGAUACUACUAAUGUGAGUGAGGAGAAUUGCAGAGCCUUCAUGCCUAUGUGUACAAUCAACAGUGAUAAAACAGGAUGUACUCAAGAGCCAGCCACAUGCAAAGGUUACAAGUCACUGGAUGUUUGCAUAAAGUUAGUAGCAAAUCCAAAUAGUAUUGUGUAUUGUGGGUGGAAUGGUUGUGAAGACAGAAGUUGUUCGAAUGCUCCCUUACAAAUCGAUGGAAAUUAUAGACAUGCAACCUGCAAUAGUUAUUUAGAUGGUUGCACUUUGAAUGAUGAUCAAACAAGUUGUGUACCACAAUUUGCAUCCUGUGAUUUGAUCAAGAAUCAGAUAUAAUGCAAUGACACAAUAUUAGUAGAUAAAUCAAAAUGCACAUUCGAUUUGACUGUCGAUCCCUUCCUAUGUCGAAGUUUCUAAUGCACCGAUAACACUAUAUCAGACAUGACUCAUGCAUUAUGUGUGGCUUUGGGAGUUCAAUGCACUUUAGGAGUUGGAGGAACUGGAUGUGUCAAUUAGUUUAAUUCUUGUUCUGCUGUGACAGAUUCAAUAUAAUGUGAAGACACCUUGGUAGUGGGUGGAAAACAAUGUUCUUGGGAUGCAUCUGCUACUCCUCCGAGUUGCAAGGAUAGAGUAUGUACAUUUGCCUAAACCAAAACUAAUUAUCUAGAAUGCGAAGCCUUUAUGAGCACUUGUACUAAGGGAGGAACUAAUGAAGUUUGUAUAGACAAGCCUACUUAAUGUAAUGGAGUAUCUGAAGCCAGAUGCAAUUAUGUCAGAUUGUAAAGUGGAGGCUUCUGUUCUUUUGAUAUCACAAUCAACGAUGUGAAUUUUUAAUGUCAUGACAGAGUUUGUGCUGAUGCUCCUAGCAAUUAUUAGACAGAUACUCUUUGCAGAAGUUGGCUACCCACAUGCACAGUCAAAGCUGAUUAAACAGGAUGCACUGAUGAACCAAGUGAUUGUACUUAGAUGAUGAGAGAACAGUGUUUUCAGAUUAAAAGCACUGGAGUUUCUUGCUUUUGGAAUACCAGUGGAGGUUCUGGUAGUUGCAGAGCUGCCUUAUGUACUGAUGCUAGUAAGAGUAAAUUCAAUACUGAUGCUUUGUGUUAGAGUUUUAUAGCAGGGUGCACAGUUGCUAAAGUGGGAGGUUGUAUCACUUAGCCUACAGGUUGUGCUGGUUUAGAACAGGAUCAUUGUCCUAAAGUGACAAUCAAUGCAACUGGGAAAGCUAGUAGUGAGAACAAAUGCAGUUGGAAUGCUAAGACUACUGUUUGUUAGGAUAGAGUAUGUUCGGAUGCACCAGUCACAAUUACUACGGAGAAAGGUUGCAGAGAUUGGUUGAAAAGUUGCACUAUCGGAUUAACAAAUAAAGGUUGUAUUAAUGAAUAUACUACGUGUGAUCAAGUUUAGACUUUGAAUUAAUGUGGUCAGUUGUCCAGUGGAUAGAAAUGUGGGUGGAAUACUGGAUGUGUUGGUAGAUAAUGUUCAAAUGCCCCUGAUAGUUAUACUUCUGAUGAUUAAUGUAGAAAUUAUUUAGCUUAAUGCACUGUCUAAGCUGAUGGUACAGGGUGUGAAUUGAGAAAAUUACAUUGUGCUGAGAUUGAGGUUGAAAAAUAAUGUGUUAAAAUUGAUGACAAUAAUAAAUGUUCCUGGAAUACAGUUAAAAAGUAAUGUGAGGAUCGUUCAUGUACUAAUGCACCGUUAACCAUUACAGUACACAAUUUUUGUGAAGAUUAUCUCUCUAGUUGCACAGUCAAAUCAAAUGGAAAGGGUUGUCAAAAGAAAUUGGAUAAAUGCUAAAAUUAUUCUUUUAUUGGUUAAUGCAAAGCUACAUUAUCAGGUACAUUAUGUUAACGGAUUGUUAAUUAUGAUGUUGCAUCUUGUGUAGAUAUAUUGUCAUCAUGUUCUACUUAUAUUUCAUAAAGUGCUUGUACUGUUUAAACAGAUGGAAAAGUAUGCGUUUGGAUUGAUGGGUCAUGUUAUAAUAGAUAAUGUUAACAUGCACCUAAAUCAUAUUCAACACAUAAACAAUGUUAAGAAUAUGGUACUAAUUGCACAACCAAUGGAAGAGGAUGCAUCAUCCAGUAGAAAUGUUCUGAAUACAAAUACGCAUCUGCUUGUUUAUAAGGAACCGAUGGUCCUUGUACCUUAAUUGAUUAAUGUCAAUAGAUUUCUUGUGAGAGUGCUCCUACCACCUUAAAAACAGAUUCAGAAUGCUCAACCUUUCUCAAAAAGUGCACAACAAAUGGAAAUGGAUGUAUAGAGAAAAAGAGAUGUCAAGAUGCUUACAUCGCAGAGGCUUGCAAAUUUAAUAGUGCUGGUGAAAGCUGUGCUUGGGUGAAUGACAAAUGUUUAGAUAAAAAAUGUGAAACUGCAGAUAUAUCAUUAAAAACAGAAACAGCAUGUGAAGAAUAUUUCCCAGGAGCAAAAUGCACGACUCAAAAAGGUGGUGGUUGUGUAUAAAAAGGUAGAUGCAAGGACGCAUAAAUUGAAUUAGCAUGUACUUCUUAAUUUGAUGGUAAAUUGUGCUCCUGGUAAGAUGGUACUUGCAAAAGCAAAUCUUGCUCAGAUCUUUUCGGUACUGAUCAUCAAACAUGUUAUGCCCAAUAAAAUGACUGUACAUCAGAUGGAAUCAAAUGCACUUCUAUGAAAACUUGCUCAAACACAUUAAAUAAAUUGUCUUGUAUCCUAGGAACAGAUGGACCUUGCUUAUGGAGCAACGAUUAAUGUUAUAGUUUCACAAAAUGCACAGACCUUAUCUAUACAACUCAUUAAGAAUGCAACAAUAUCCAUUCACUUUGUACUACUAAUGGAAAUAAUUGUAUAUCCAUCACUACUUGUGCUAGAACUCCUUAAAUUGCUUGUUAUGUUGGCGUCAAAUCUCUACUCCCCGUUUAAUGUAUUUGGACUCCAACAUCCAUUAAAUUAUCCUCUGUAUAGUAAUGUGUCGAAUUCACUGAGUGUGCUGCGGUCUAUUAUCUAAAUCAUGAUGACUGUUACAAAUAUUCACAAGGAAAAUGCACUACUAAUGGAAUCAGUGGUUGUAUUGAUUUAGAUUCUUGCGAGAAAUACACCAAUUAAGCCUCUUGUUUCGUUGAUAAAUUAGGUAAAGCAACCAAUCAAUCUGGAAAUGUAACUUCUACUGGGUUAUGCAAAUGGGCAAAUGACAAAUGUAGAAUAUAAGGGUGUUCUGAAUUAAUAGGCACUACUCAUGAACAAUGCAAUUCUCAAUUGAUUACAUGUACAUCUAAUGGUUCGUCAUGCAUCCUUAAAACAACUUGUAACACUUUGAAAACUUACGAUUCUUGCAUUGCUGCCACUGGAACUGAUGGAAAAUGUGCUUGGUUCAGUAGUACAGGCAUUGAUAAAUCGUGUAAUCCUAUGAAAUGCACUGAUUAUCCUGUUACUCAAUGUUCAAGUUAUUCUAGUAACUGUAUUCAAGAUGGCUCUUCCUGUUAAGAAAUCUCAAUAUGCUCCGUCUAUAAAACAUAGGCUGCUUGUGAUAAAGGAAGCUCAACUUCUUAUUGCGCAUGGCUACCAGGUGGUGCAAACAAAAAUGUCUGCGUUGAUAUCACCAGUUGUUCUUCGACUAAUAUGUAUGAAAAAGCUUGCCGUACUUUAUCUGACAGAUGCUACUGGAAAUUAGAAAGAGUUUCUAAUUAAGACACCUACAUGUGUGAACCUAAAACAUGUGAAAUUUAAACUGAUGGCACUUGCACAGGCUAUUAUGAUUGGGAUAAGAAAAUAUACACUGUCUGUAAAUUAGAUAGUCAAAAUAAAUGUGUUAGUAUUAAUCCAACUACCUUAAGCGCAGAGGAUUGCUUAACCAAAACACUUUAUCAAUACACUUGGAAUUCGAAUUCAAACAAAUGUUAGAUCUGCAAUUUAAAUAGCAAUUAAACUAACAAUUCAAAUUCUUCAAAUGGUACCAACAACUAAUCAGACUCUAAAUUUGAGACAAUCUUAUUCCCUGCCUUAAUAGCUAUUCUAAGUCUUUAAAUAUGA